AAACAUCAAACUCAGAGUAAACAAAAUCAUUAGAAGAGCGGUAUAAUGGGGGGAAACAGGUGUGCUGAAUAAUAAUAAAUAAAAAUAACGCAUGCGCAUCAUAGUGACCAAUUAAACGUAAAAUCGUCAAAAUAGAGUAAAUUUCUCUAAGCAAACAGUAGAACAGAACGCUAAACUUACACGCUGGCCACUCUCGCGAUUUCACGCUCUCUAUCCACGCGACAUCGUAGGGCCAAAGUUCGACGUCAAUCACAAUCACAAACAUUUGCGAUAAUUUGCAAACAGAUUUCAUUUGCGACUGUCGGUAUCGCUUUCUAGUGCUUCUUAAACGCUGAAGAACGCAGUAAAGAAACGUAAAAAAGAAUUAAAUAAUAUUUUUUGUUGUAUUAAACGCCGGUAAAUAAAUUUUUUUGAUAUACAAAAUGAACAAAGCACUUUUGCGUUUUCGUGGUUGGUGUCUUGUGGGUCUGCUGCUGUCCGUCUACGCCACAUAUGUGGAGUUGCGAGCGGAAAAAGAUGCGGACUACGUGGCGAUGUGCGAUUUGAGUCCGAAAGUCAGUUGCACCGCAGUCUUUACAUCAAACUACGGCAAGGGAUUCGGGCUCACACAAUACUUUACCAGCUGGAAUCCGCCAAAUGGUGCGCUCGGUAUUGGUUUCUAUAUGCUGUUGCUGUUACUGACACCACCACGUCAUCGUCCACUCGCUUGGUUGCAGCUUCUUCUGUGCUUUGUCUCCAAUUUACUCUCUGUUUACUUGGCAUAUUUGUUGUAUUUCGUGCUGGAAGAUUUGUGUGUGGUUUGUGUUUCGAUUUAUGUCGUCAACUUCUUCUGUUUGUGGGAGUCGUGGCAAAUGUAUAAGCAAAAUUGGCGGAACGACACGAAAGCAUUUUCGAAAGUACCAAAUGUCUUUGAUAAAAAUAAAUAAGUUAAUAAAAUAGUACUGAAUUGUAUUAGGUUCCAGUAUUUAAAUAUUGGUGUUCAUUAGUUUAAUUUGAUUUGUUAUAAACUAUGUAUACAGUUAUAUUCGUAAAUAUAUUUAUUUUAGAUUUUA